AUGAAGGACUUGGUAACCUUUUCGCUUUUUAUCUUGCUCUUUUGCACUUGCUCCGACUCGCUCGCGGUCUACGGACGGUCCGCUGCGACGACUUCGCGCACAGCUCCCCCAAUCGUUUACACGAUUGCCGGAUCAGAUUCCGGCGGUGGCGCAGGAAUUCAGGCGGACCUACACGCCAUUCAUUCCUUUGGGUGUCACGGAUGUUCCGCUAUCACCUGCUUGACUGCGCAAAACUCGGUGGGCGUCAUUGGUGUGCACGCCCCUCCACCGGAUUUUCUCCGAGCCCAGCUGGAAACUUUGUUGGAAGACUUGCCACCGCAGGCUAUCAAAAUCGGAAUGCUCGGAACGAAAGAGCUUGCAAUCGAAGUGGGAGCCUUUCUGAAGAAGUUGAAGGCUUUAGAUCGGAAAGUUUGGGUUGUUUUAGAUCCGGUCAUGAUCACGACGUCGGGACACCGGUUAAUUGAAGAAGACGCACAGGAGGCCAUGGUCAAGCACGUUUUCCCGCAUAUUGACGUUUUGACGCCAAACAAGUUUGAGGCUGAAGCUUUGUUGAAUCGCACCCUUGAGACAAUCAGCGAUGUAGAAGAGGGCGCAAAGGACUUGAUUGCACUCGGGGCCCCAUCCGUUUUGAUCAAAGGAGGCCACACGCUGUACGAAGGGGGCAAAGCAAGCAACCACAUAGCCUACGCCCAAGAUUACUUUUUAUCGUCUGUGCAAAGAAAUACCGGUGAGCCACGAUUGUGCGAUGGGGACCUUGGCGUCUGGUUGCGAUCGCCACGUUACGAGACAGAGCACACGCACGGGACCGGUUGUACCCUGUCGGCAUCCUUGGCGGCUUCUUUGGCGCUGGGGGAACAAGAACGCCAAAAACCGGACGGAAAGCGACGAGGAGCAACUAGUGCCAUAGAUACAGUGGAUGCAUGCUGCUUAGCCAAGGCAUACGUCACGGCCGGUAUUUUUCAUGGAAUUCAGCUGGGACAAGGUCCAGGUCCGGUUGCACAGACUGGGUUCCCGUCUUCCCACCAAUACUUCCCCAUGGUGGUUGCAGACGCAGCGGAAGAUCAUCAAAGAUUUCCACGAAUGAAAGCCUAUGAUGACAAGACUACCUAUGAUGAUAAUCGACCAACGCUUGGUCGGAUAUUGCCUGUUGUCAACGAUGAGGUUUGGGUCCAGCGCCUGUGUCAAGAUCCCGGUGUCCACGACAUUCAACUUCGGGUUAAAGGUAUUGACGACAACAAGAAAAUCUUGGAAAUUAUUAAGAAGUGCCAGAAGCUAUGCCAGGCAUCGGGCAAGCGCCUUUGGGUUAACGACUACUGGCAAGAGGCAAUAGAAUCGGGAUGCUUUGGUGUCCAUGUUGGCCAGGAAGAUCUUUACACAUGCAUACGAGCAGGUGGUCUGCAACUUUUGCGAGAGAAAAGGAUGGCGUUUGGAAUUUCCACACACUCUUACGGUGAGCUUGCCACAGCAUUGGGGGUCAAACCGUCCUACAUCAGCCUUGGUCCCGUAUUCGCAACAAGUAGCAAAACCGUUCAGUUUGACCCGCAGGGCUUGUCACUAGUACGGAAAUGGAGAGAGCUUAUACAAAAAGAGGUCCCGCUGGUUGUCAUUGGCGGAUUCUCAGAUGCUGAACGAGCAAAGGCUGUGCGAGGAUUGGGGGCCAAUUGUGUGGCAGUCAUUGGAGCCGUAACUCAGGCAAAUGACACAGUUGAGGCUGUGUCACAGAUGAACGAAGCCAUGCGAUGA